CCCAAUCUCACCCGCCUUCGCUCCUUCCGCCGCAUUCCUACCUCGUAACGCGUGUUUCACGCGUAAAAGUGAGCUGAAAUGGCUCAUGUGAAGUGGAAGCUUGCUGUGGUGUCGGCAAUCCUCACCACAGUCGUGCAAGCCGGACUUGACAUACCCCCAGCAUUCAAGGAACCCCCAAGUGAUGAGGUCGACGCCGUGAACCCACUUAUUGGCAAUGGUGGUGACUCUCCCAAUGGUUCGGGGGGCAUGGUCCCGAGCACUGCACCACCCUUCGCCAUGACACGUUGGACAGCGCAAACGGACCAGAACUACGUCUCCGUCACGCCCUAUAAUUACACCCACACCUCGAUACAUGGCUUUCAGGGAACCCACCAACCCGCGAUCUGGAUGGGCGAGUCUGGUCAAGUCGUCGUGUCUCCAGGCCUCGGCACCGUCAAACCGGCGUUCGAAGACCGAGGGUUGGACAUAGUGUACGAUGGCAACGAGCGCAUGGAAGCCGUCAGCGCAAAUUACUACUCUGUCCUCACACAAACGACCGAAGCUGACGGCGGUGGAGUGCUCAAGACGGAGAUGAGUGCCACCUCGCGCGUCGGUCACCUCCGCUUCACCUUCCCUGCAAACGCCUCCUCGCCCUACAUCUUCCUCGAGGCCACCCGCCCCUGCACGCUCGGCUCCCCCGCCUCGCCCACCGGCACCUGGCUCACCUAUCCCUCAGGCCUGGUCAACAUCGACCCCGUCAGCCAGGAGAUUUGCGGGCGCAACCCCGAGCGGCAGGAUGAGAUUCUCGGCCCGAGUCCCGCGCCAUCCUUUGCGGGCUACUUCUGCGCGCGUUUCAACACGUCGUUCAGCGCGUACGGAGUCGUUCAGAAUGGCACAACUAGUGAGGGCGUGGUGAGCGGUGAGGGGCCUGUGCUGGGCGCGUAUGCGGCAUUCGAGGGAGCGCGCGUGGUGGAUGUGCGCGUGGGCGUGUCUUUCAUCUCUGUGGACCAGGCAAGGCGUAAUCUGGAGAAGGAGAUCCCGGAUGGGACGAGUCUGGAGGAGACGUCGAAGGCGACGAGGGAGCUGUGGGUCGAGAAGUUGGGUAGAGUGAAGGCGGAGGGCGCGAGUGCAGACGAGAUGGCGACGUUCUACACUGGGAUCUUCCAUACGCUGCAGUAUCCGUACGAACAAGACGAAGAUGGUAUGUACUACUCUGGGUACGACGAUAGCGUGCACGAAGGCGACUCGUACACGGGUUACUCGAACUGGGACACGUACCGCGCCGAGUGGGCCUGGCUGAUUCUGCUCGCGCCCGAGCGCGUGCCCGGUAUGGUCCGCAGUAUGUUGCAGGACUACGUAGAGGGCGGAUGGUUGCCCAUGUGGAAGAAUAUCGUCGAGACGAACAUCAUGGUCGCCACGCAUGCUGACUCACUUGUUGCGGAAGCGGUCGUGAAGAACAUCACAGGCUUCGACCUUGACACUGCAUAUGCAGCUGUGUACAAGGAUGCCACAGUACCGCCUGUAGAUGACUGGACGAUUUCAUACUACGAUCGAGAGGAGGGCGUCGGAUACGAAGUACGCGCAGGUCUCUCUAGUGUAUACGACGAGACAGGCUGGGUCGCGAACGACAUCCACUCCGAGUCCGCAUCGCGAACACUCGACUACGCCUAUGACGACUGGGCGGUCGCCGCCCUCGCUGACUUCCUCGGGCACACCGAGAACGCGUCCUUCUUCCGGGCACGCUCACAGUCUGCGCCGUUCACGAUUUUCAACAACGACACGGGCUUCAUGGAGGCGCGCGAUGCGAAUGGGUCUUGGGCCGGCCAGGAUCAGGGUUGGACGGAGGGCGACAUGUGGGCGUACACGUUCGAUGUCAUCCAGGACGUGCCUCGCCUCGUUGAGCACCGUGGCGGCAAUACAAGCUUCGUGGCGUUCCUCGAUGAGCAUUUCGAUGGAGGGCAUAAUGAUCACACCAAUGAGCCGUCACACCACAUCCCGUACCUGUAUGCCCUUGCAGGUGCGGCGUCCAAGGGACAAGAACGUAUACGCGAGGUUGCCGCUGCGAACUACAACUCAACUGUGGACGGAUUGUCCGGCAAUGAAGACUGUGGCCAGAUGAGCGCAUGGUAUAUCUUCAGCGCGCUCGGCUUCUACCCGGUGGACCCAGUCUCGGCAACAUACGUAGUUGGGACACCAUUCUACGACAAAGUCACGAUUUCCUUCCCCGACGCCUCCCAACCACUCGUCAUCUCCGCACCCGGCGCACCGACCAAGCCCUACGUCAAGUCGCUCACCGUGAACGGCGAGGCUCUCUCACAGCCGAUCAUUACGCACCAGCAAAUUGCUAACGGGGGCGAGAUUGUCUUCGAGAUGAGCGACACACCACAGGAGUGGGCGAGCGCGACACUGUAUUGAUGAGUGGGCCCCAGGUCACGGAAGGGAGUGUGGCAAGUGCCGAGGAAGCACGGCACGAUGAGCUGUGAGGCGGUCUUUACAUUGAUCUCUCCAAUGACUGUCUCGUCAGAUAAAAUUACGAACUGGAUGGAUGCCUUGUACCAUAGCUGCAACGACUACUAAUGGCAUUGAAACCGCGGACGUCCAUUUGUCUUAGUGACAAAUCCGCCAGGCUCAUGAUUUGAUUCAA